AUGCAAUCAUCACAAAAGAAGUGGACCAAAGAGGAAGUACUUGAAACAUUCGGCGAGGAUAUUGCUUGUGCUGGAACAGACGAGAUUGAGCACCGAUCCCGAUUAAUCGAGAAUGAGAUUCAUGUAUUUAAGAAUGAAAAGAAGCGUAUUCAAUAUGAUGAAACGACAAUGAAGGAAAAGAUAAAGGAAAAUACGGAAAAGAUCAAACUUAACAAACAAUUGCCCUAUCUUGUGGCUACUGUUGUAGAGAUUUUGGAAACUGAUGAAAAUGAAGAAAUUAUACAAGACGGAUCAAGCAUUGCUCUUGAUGAAGAUAAAAAAGGAAAAUCUGCAGUGAUAAAAACAAGUACAAGACAAACGAUUUAUCUUCCUGUCAUUGGAUUGGUCGACUCUGAAGAAUUAAAGCCUGGAGAAUUAGUUGGAGUUAACAAGGAUAGUUUCCUUGUGUUGGAAAAGCUUCCAUCUGAGUACGAUUCUCGUGUCAAGGCUAUGGAAGUUGAUGAAAGACCAAAGGAAGAUUACGAUCAAAUUGGAGGCUGUGAUGCUCAAAUCAAGGAAAUGUAUGAAGCAAUUGUUUUACCAAUGACAGAGGCAGAUCGUUUCAAGAAAAUUGGUAUUCAACCACCAAAAGGUGUUUUAUUGUAUGGUCCUCCUGGUACCGGAAAGACCUUGCUGGCUCGUGCAUGUGCUGCUCAAACUAAAGCUACAUUCUUAAAGUUGGCUGGUCCACAAUUGGUUCAAAUGUUUAUUGGAGAUGGUGCCAAGCUUGUUCGUGAUGCUUUCGCAUUGGCAAGAGAAAAAGCUCCUGCUAUCAUUUUUAUUGACGAAUUGGACGCUAUUGGUACUAAGAGAUUCGGUUCUGACAAGUCAGGUGACAGAGAAGUUCAAAGAACUAUGCUUGAAUUAUUGAACCAAAUGGAUGGUUUCUCUCAAGAUACACGAGUUAAGGUCAUUGCUGCAACCAAUCGUAUCGAUAUUUUGGAUCCUGCUUUGUUGAGAUCUGGUCGUUUGGACCGUAAGGUUGAAUUUCCACUUCCUGACGAAAAGGGACGUAUACAAAUUUUAAAAAUUCACUCCAAGAGAAUGAAUGUGAAUUUUGAUGAUGUCAACUAUGAAGAGUUGGCUCGUUGUUGUGAAGAUUUUAACGGAGCUCAAUUGAAGGCAGUUUGUGUCGAAGCAGGUAUGAUUGCAUUGAGGAGAGAUGCCACCCAAAUCAUGCACGAAGAUUUCAUGGAAGGUAUUGCCGCAGUUCAAGCCAAGAAGAAGGUGGCUCUCGACUAUUAUGCUUAA